AGUUCGUCGACCUUCCACGUGUCCCUGAGUGACGACGGUCUGAUCCUGGCGUCUCUGGAGCGCUCAGACCUGCAGGAGAACGUCACAGCGUACGCAGCUCAGGUGUCUGGAGAGGCUCGACUCAUCGUGGCCGAGUUCAGGAACACGAGCGAGACGCUGGUUUUCAACACGUCGCUCCACGGCCUCUGUUACUCUGUGAGUCUGCUGCUCAGAGUGGGACAGAGCUGGUCCCGACCCGAGAAGACAGCGUCCGUCCUCACAAAGCCGCUCCCCGUCCACAGUGUUCAGAUCUCGGACUUUAAAGAGUCUCCAGAAACCGGCGUGGUGUUUGAGAUCGAACCUCCGGCAGGAAACGUGUUCAGCCGAGUCAACAUCAGCUACACGGAGGCACAAGAGCGACGCUCCUUCCUCUAUAAAGAUUUCUACAAAGGGAAGACGGUUUUCAAACACUGGUUACCGGGCGUCUGUUACCGUAACGUCACCUUCCAGCUGAUCUCUGAGGCGACAGUGAACCAGACGGCUCUGGUGUCACACAGUGACAUCACACACUCACCUUUGCACCACAGGACAGUGCCAUACCCCCCCCUCAACAUUUCCCAUAAGAUCGUGCACCUGAGCCCAAGGGUGGGGCCAGGUGGAGCUGCCAGCAGGCUCCGCCCUGAGGGGAACCAGAAGAACGCCCAAUCGUCCCGUCAAGCCCGGGAUGUCCCGCUGAUGGAGGAGCAGGAGGAGAACGUCUCAGAGGAGACGGCGGCUGUUUAUACUCAGGUUCCCUUCAGCCCGUCACAGAACCAGUCAGGAGCCGCCGCCCUCCUGAACCAGACGACGGAGGCCGAGACGCAGAGCUACUGGCUGGACCCGACCGAGCUGCCGACCACAGACACAGAGGACGAGUUCGUGAACGCCGUGGUGUCAGAGUACGAAGACUCCAACGAGCCGGGCUCCGCCAUGGGCCUCCCCUCCGACCCCCCCGUCCUGCCCACCAAGCUGCCCCUCCUCCUGCUGGAGCUGCGCUGGCUGCCCCCCCGACCCCCCACCAGCUACGACGGCUUCAACGUCUACAUCUACAGAGACGGGAACUCGACAGAGACAGCGACUGUGGACGAAAACACUCACGAGUUUUUCACGGAGCUGACGGAGGCGGGGACGUAUCGAGUCCAGGUGACGACUCUGAGCUCAGCCGGAGAAUGUGAAGCGAGAGAGAGCGCCGCCGACACCAGCUUCAGCUUCUACAUCA